AUGCCGUUCCUGGACCAAAGGCGAUCCAAAGCGUCUUACACAGAUGUUCUCAUUAUAGGCGCCGGCCCUGCGGGGUUGAUGGCAUGCAAUGCGCUUGCGAAGCUUGGUGUCAAGGUCAGGAUAGUUGAGAAGAGACCGCAUAACAUUACGGUAGGACAUGCGGACGGAAUACAGCCAAGGACAUUGGAGAUUUUUCAGAGCUACGGUCUUCUUGACCCCAUCCUCAAGCAAGGAAAUCAGAUACAUGCCUCAGCCUUCUAUGGCCCCGACGAACAGGGAUCUCUCCAGUUGAAGAAUCGAGUGGCACCAGUUGGAGUACGAGAUGCCAGAUAUCCAUUUGCUCUUGCUUUACCUCAGUCAGCCGUCGAAGAGGCAUUGAGGGAUUCUAUGGCAGCCGCAGGCGUACAGGUCGAGCGGCCCAUCGUCCCUCUGUCGAUUUUGGUGGACGAAGAGGCGAGAAAUAGUCACGACGGAAAUGCUUCUCCAGUCCACGUAGAGCUACAUGACCUCCAUUCGAAUGAACUAGGGGUCGUGCAUGCCAGAUACGUGAUCGGCGCCGAUGGCGCACACUCCUGGGUUCGGAAGACCCUCGGGAUUGCCAUGGAAGGAGAACAAACCGAACACGUCUGGGGCGUCAUAGACGUCAUAAACCCCACAUCCGACUUUCCGGACAUCCGCAACAAAGCCCUCAUACACUCGGAACAGGGGUCCUGCAUGAUCAUCCCAAGAGAAGGAGAUAAAAUUCGACUGUACAUCCAAUUGGACGACAGGAUUGCCCUUGAAUCACUCUCCGGUGCCUCAGCCAGAGAGCCCGCUAGGAAUGGCCAGCGGAUCGAUAAAUUCAGCUUGGGCCCGGCGGACCUGUUGGAUGUGGCGCAGAAGAUCUUACAUCCAUACACCCUCAGAACCGAAGGUGAUGCUAUUGAAUGGUGGACCAUUUACACCAUCGGACAACGGAUAGCCUCGAAGUUUGCAGUGAACGACCGAAUAUUCAUAGUGGGUGAUGCCUGCCAUACCCAUUCUCCAAAGGCCGGGCAGGGGAUGAAUGCAAGUAUGGGUGACUCGCAUAAUCUAGCCUGGAAGAUAGCGGCUGUCGUAAAUGGAUGGGCAAAGCCAUCUCUACUAGAGACAUACGAACAUGAAAGGCGACGAUACGCACAGGACCUGAUUUCAUUCGACAAGAAAUGGGCCAAACUAUUUUCCGGAAAACCGCAGACAAAGGAACAUGGGGCCGGUGUAACCCACGAAGAAUUCCUGGAGGCCUUCCAAACUUUUGGCGGAUUCAUCAGUGGAAUCGGAAUCCACUACCUUCCUUCGACCAUCACCAAUACAGACUACGAGACCGCCGCGAACGCGAAUGGCAAGGUCGCGAUUGGCAAGAGGUUCCCCCCUCACGCAGUUAUCCGAGCAGCCGAUUCGAAGCCGGUCGACUUGCAAGACCUCCUACCGGCAGAUGGAAAGUUCAGAUUGCUCGCCUUCUUUGGCGACGAGGACGAGAUGGGAUUCCGAAGCACUACGAGCUCGUCGGUUGGCGAGAUUGGCAUUCCAGAAGUUGUGGUCAAAUUGUCCGCCGUAAUCGAACAAGUGAUUGGAGAGUUCUCAUCAGAAGCAUUUGACGUGCUCAGCAUCUUGACCGUGGACGGAGACCCAAGGGAGAGUGCUUUGAUUUCGCAUCUUGUUUCAUGGCCUCUUGUGUUGAGGUCGCAUUGGUCCAAAGUCCUGUUCGAAGACCGGAAAGACAGACUGUUCAGCUCGCCCUCGAUCGUGGUGGUACGACCAGACGGAUACGUCGGGCCCAUCGCAUCACUCCACGAAGCUAAAACGCACCUCGCCCGGUAUUUUUCCGGGUUCUUGAAGCGUGGAGCGUUAUAG